AUGAUCGUUCUGACAGCAUCGCACUCAGUGACAUGGUACGUUAUCGCUAGAGUGCUCCAAGGCGCGGCAACAGCCAUGGUCUCGGUAGCAGGUCUUUCGAUCGUGACAGAUGCAGUAGAUAAAGCUAGUCUCGGACAGAUGAUUGGGUACAUUGGCACCGCGAUGACGCUAGGAUUCAUGUCUGGACCACUGCUUGGCGGACUGGUCUAUGAAGUCGGAGGGUUCCAUGCUGUCUUUGGCAUGGCUUUUGGAAUAGUGGCUCUGGACUUCUUUCUAAGACUUGCUGUUGCUGAGAAGAGGACUGCUGAGCGUUGGUUGUGUCUCACUGAUGGUGAACGACCUUCGCAGGAGAACGGUUAUGUCUCGGAGCAGCCGCCUUAUGGAGCUAUUGCAACGAUAAGUAGUAGCGCAGAAGCCGCGGAGAUGUCGAAGAGUGCUUUCGCACUGUGGAAGCUUUUGAAACAGCCGCGGAUGCUGGUUAGUCUGUGGGCAGUCGUUGUUGGAGCUCUCGUGGUCUCAGCAUUUGAUGCGACGCUCCCAAUUUUUGUGGAGAACACAUUCCAGUGGAGUGUCCUCGGCGCAGGUCUCAUCUUCUUGCCAGGUGCCGCAGCAGCCGUUUUCCAGCCAUUUUUUGGAUUCCUUUCUGACCGUCUUGGACCGAGGGUCAUUGCAUUUGCAAGCUUUGCCCUUCAGGCUCCGAGUCUAAUCUGUCUUCGCUUUGUCCAGGAAAACUCACCGUUCCACAUAGCUCUUCUUUGCGUGAUUCUGGUCAUUGUCGGAAUGUGUAUCGACUUAGGCGAACCGGCCUUGCUCGUGGAGAUACAGCGUGUCUUGGAUGACAUGGAAGCUGAAGAACCCGGAGUGUUUGGAGGAAGAGGCGCCGUGGCCCAGGCUUUCAGCCUAGAGAAUAUGGCGCAUUUCGGUGGGCUGGCACUAGGGCCCAUGGUGGGUGGGUUUGUGGAGUUUCAGUACGGCUGGGGAGUUAUGACACUGGCGCUUGGAGUUCUUUCUGCUGUCACUGCGAUACCUAUGUUAUGGCUGAGUGGUGCUAUAGUUGAAGACUCCUGGACGGAGUCUGCCCAAGAGAUAGAGCGUGAGCCUCUGUUGCCGGAGUAA